AUGGAUGGAAGACAGAGCAGGCAGUGUCUUUUUAUCCAGAGUUUCCAUUUGUCUAAUCCGAAGUCGGGCCCAAAUAAUUACAAGGAAGGAAAAACAGGCCUUUCAGUUAUACUACACGGUUUCUGUGGAUCAAAGCCGAGAGUAGGCAAUCAGGUAGAGCCUGGAAUAACAAAGCAGCAAAGCAACAAUGAGUUCCUCCUCCACAGCUCUUCGAGAACUACUGCACGACCUCGAAACCAAAGCAAACUCCAAAAAGAUAUAGCGAAGAACCAUCAAGUCAGGAAGAAGUAUACUAUUCAGUUGGGAGAGAACGAGCUAGUCCUCAAGGAGUUGGAUUUAUUAAACGAGGAUGCAAAUGUGUACAAGUUGAUCGGUCCAGUGCUUGUUAAGCAAGAUUUAGCAGAGGCUAACGCCAACGUUCGUAAGAGAAUAGAAUACAUCUCUGCUGAAUUGAAGCGGCUUGAUGGAUCUCUUCAAGAUUUGGAAGAGAAACAACACAGCAAGAGAGAAGCGAUAUCGAAGGUGCAGCAGAGGAUUCAAUCUCAUCAAGCAGGAAAGGCCAAGGCAUAGUCCAUCAUCAUUUGUUUGUCACAUGACUGCCAUCGUUCUAGCGGGAUGAUAUUUAAUGCUGUAUAUCAUGCUUGCAAACCUCUGUUGGAGCUAUAAUACUGUGUGUGGUUGCCCCUUUAAUAUCCAAUAGUCAUGACAGUAUCAUAAGUUGUUCUAAGCAAUGCAUUUUCUGCCUUUUUGGUGA